GUUCUCAUCUGUCGGAAUUACCGUGGAGAUGUGGACAUGUCAGAGGUGGAGCAUUUUAUGCCAAUCCUUAUGGAAAAGGAAGAAGAGGGGACGCUUUCUCCUAUUCUAGCACAUGGAGGAGUUCGUUUUAUGUGGAUUAAACAUAACAACCUGUAUCUUGUUGCAACUUCUAAGAAAAAUGCUUGUGUAUCACUGGUGUUUUCAUUUUUAUAUAAAGUAGUUCAGGUUUUUUCUGAAUAUUUCAAGGAGUUGGAAGAAGAGAGCAUUAGGGAUAAUUUUGUUAUUAUUUAUGAGUUGUUAGAUGAGCUUAUGGAUUUUGGUUAUCCGCAAACCACUGAUAGUAAAAUUUUACAAGAAUACAUCACUCAGGAAGGUCACAAACUUGAAACUGGAGCUCCACGUCCACCUGCCACUGUUACGAAUGCUGUUUCAUGGAGAUCAGAAGGGAUAAAAUACAGGAAAAAUGAAGUGUUCCUGGAUGUUAUAGAGUCUGUUAACCUUUUGGUCAGUGCCAACGGAAACGUAUUACGGAGUGAGAUAGUUGGAUCCAUUAAAAUGCGAGUCUUUCUCUCGGGAAUGCCAGAGCUGCGCCUUGGUUUAAAUGACAAAGUUCUCUUUGAUAAUACAGGCCGUGGCAAAAGUAAAUCGGUAGAACUGGAAGAUGUAAAGUUUCACCAGUGUGUUCGUCUCUCUCGCUUUGAAAACGACAGGACAAUUUCUUUCAUUCCACCUGAUGGAGAGUUUGAACUCAUGUCAUAUCGUCUUAAUACCCAUGUGAAACCACUGAUCUGGAUUGAGUCUGUGAUUGAAAAACAUUCCCACAGCCGCAUCGAGUACAUGAUCAAGGCAAAAAGUCAGUUUAAGCGUAGAUCGACUGCCAACAAUGUGGAGAUUCACAUUCCAGUUCCAAACGAUGCAGACUCGCCAAAGUUUAAAACCACUGUUGGAAGUGUCAAAUGGGUUCCAGAGAACAGUGAAAUUGUCUGGUCCAUUAAAUCUUUUCCAGGUGGAAAAGAAUACCUGAUGAGAGCUCACUUUGGACUUCCAAGUGUUGAAGCUGAAGAUAAGGAAGGAAAACCUCCCAUUAGUGUAAAGUUUGAGAUUCCAUAUUUCACCACUUCAGGAAUCCAGGUUCGCUACUUAAAGAUAAUUGAGAAGAGUGGCUAUCAGGCUCUCCCGUGGGUUCGUUAUAUCACCCAGAAUGGAGACUACCAGCUUCGAACACAGUAGAACACCUCACAAGCACCACAGAUGACAAAACUUCAGACCUAGGAUUUGUUUGCAGAAGCUUCUGUGGUACUGAGAGCUGUGAAUCUUGUUGCCAAGGGUCUUGUUUCUGCAAUCUUGGAUUGACAGGAGAAAGAUUGGAAAUUUACUGUUUUCAAUAAUGUGUUUGAGCAUUUGAACCAUUAGUAUUGAUUGUGUGAAUAUUUAUUUCAUUCUUAGAACAUGCUGAUCUUGCUGCUAAAUGCUAAUUACAUUAGGAGUAGCAGUUACCUUGAGGAGCCAGGAAUACAGAAUGAACCUUGAGAAUGUCUUGUCAAUGCCUUGUCUGUUACAUUCGCAAGUUUCUAAUAUUCGUAUUUUAGGAUCUCUAAAGACAUUGGCAGCGUUAUGCUACAAAUUAGGGAGACGAUUGUGCAAUUAAAUGACUGCUGAACACUUAGUUGUAUUUA